AUGCAGUCUUGUAUGAUGCAUAUGGAACUCCGCAUCGCCGGCAUCGACUCCUUGUCCCUGUUUGAUGCUGAGAGUUUCGUUCGCAUGCAUCAGCUAAGUCAAAAUUCACCGCAAGUUUUAUAUGCCAAUAAUUCACUCGUUAGAUUACCUCGAGGAGGCGUAAACGCUAGUGACCAUUUCAAACCCCAAGUCAAGGUUCAGUUCGUUUUUGAAAACCUUGUACGUAUCGAGAGUUCAACGGUAGAGGCUGUAUCCGACCGCAGACAGCAUGAGGAGCAGAUAAAAUCAAAGUGGGAUGCCAGUGAGAUACGUACGAAAAGGUUUCACUGCAAUUAUUCUCAGGCGAUUAUUGCUUCUCUCCCUCGUAUCGUCGUAGAGCGGUAUGUGAAGAUACGUGUUCUUCAGCUCGCUCCCCUGCUAAGUAAGGAGGAGACCAUUGCUGUGGGAGCUACUUUUCCACAUUAUUUUAACAACGAUGAACCCAGUUUGUGCGUCGGUGUCGCUAAGAUUAGUUUAAGAGAUCUGAUUGCAACAAGUAGUGGCGUUAGCGUUACCUUGCAACCGAAACGGAGCAUGAUUGCCGCAGUGGAGUCUCUCAAUCUUAAUGCCGUUGCAACCAAUGCUAUGUUUGGAAAGGAUGCUGGGGGCAGUGGGGUGCUGACAUUUCAGGUUGUCAGUGUGGUGUUCAGUCAAAAAACUCUUUCGUCGAUGUUAUGUUGCCCUGACUACAACGAUAAUGCAACCCCCACUUCAGUGUUGGCAAACGGAAGGAGAAUGGACAACGCCAGUGACGGUGCGGUGUUAAGCACUAUUGGACCAGAAUUGGUGACGGACGACCUCAUGGCUCUGCACCAGCAGAUGAAUUCAGGAGCUGUGCGUUUUGUGCUUGUCCCCUACAUGGUGCUUGCUGAUGCCGUUCUUCGUUUCCACGAUGCGUUUUCAUGGCGCAACCCCCUUAAGACGCUGCUGCUCCUUUGUAUUAUUUGUGUUGUUAUAUCUGUCGAAGUGGUGGAUAUGGGUCUAGUAUUUGCCAUUGUUUCCGAGGCGUUGACUAUGGUGCGAACGAUGGUUUUCUUUUACCGCGUUCCACCUCGUACGAAUAUGGGACCGAAUGCGGUGCAAUUUUUAGCAGAGCGGAAGGGCACUUUUCAAGCUGUGCUGUACGGCUCUCACAACCACGUCAUUAACAGCUUGAUCCGGGCGCGAUUAUUUUUCACUCAGGGCUUACAACCCGAUUGCUAUUUCGAGCUGGUAUAUCUCUUUUACCGUUUGAAGAAGUUGAAGCGAGGCGUUUCGAUUUUUAUCGCUGCGUUGGUGUCUGGGAGUAUACUAUUUUCAUUCGAAACCUUCGUACUGUUUGGUAUGUUGUUUGCCUUUCUGGUUUACCCCCUAUUACUGCGUUUUUCACAUAGUCGGCUGCGGAAAACGUGGAGGCGUCAGUUAACUUCUGGAACAUUGUGGAAAACUAUUUCGUUGUCGCGCUCUAUGCCUGUUGCGCGUGUUGUUCAAGUGAUCGGGCCACACGAGAGAUGUGUUCCAACGCAAAAUUUUGUCGCGAGUACGUCGCGUUUUUCGACUCGUCGGGACGUAGACGAAUUGAAGAUAUCGAAGGAUCAUUCUACUCUUUUAGGCAUAGAGCGUCCAGCUGCAUUAGCCAAAGAUGACGAGGAGAAGGUUCUCGACCCUCAGGGAGAUGUGCAAGGACCAAGACCGCCAGUAAACUACAAUCCUGCUGAAAACUCCUUUUCUUGCACUGGUGGUCGCAAUGCUGGCGUCUUCGGUUGCAAUUCUCUGCAACCUCUUGCUUGCCGGCAGAAGCUGGCACCUAGGAAGUCUGAGAUGAUAAAACAUGAACCUCAGCAGCCGCUGCACUUAACUUUCGUCACAAUUGUUAUCGGAAGUGAAGUCGCCCCAGCAUGCCACAGCAGAACCACAAGUAUUAAUGGUACAACUACAAACAGCACACUAGUACAAAGACUCUGGAGAGUUUUUCAACGCGCGGGCGCACUCGGUCGACCCCCUCCGUCCCACCUGUUGAACUCUCAAUACCAAUCGUACUUUAAUAGUGUGUUAACGUUUCUUCAGUUCGUGGGCCGACAGUGCACGCUAGAUGCUUAUAUGUCGGUAGAUGCCUCCACAACACUUGCAGAGUUGGCAGGUGGAACUGUAAAGUUGGACCAAGUCGCACCUCUUUGCAAUCUUCUGGAGGUGGGUAAAGAUGACGGCAUCACCUCCACACUCCUCGCUCAUUCUGGCCAACAAAUCGUUCUAUCCAAACUCCAGUUGCCCAAUAGCGCGGAGAGUAGUGCUCGUGCACUUGCCUUACUGGCCGCGUACUUGCUGCAAGGGUCGCGACUCUCUGUUUACAGUGAACCGGGAGGAAAGGUCUGCAGUGUUAUCAUACCACUCAAAAUGGAUGAUAAUGAUAUUGAAACGGCAACUGAACCCCAUCCCUGCCCUGCCCCGCUACAGAAGGCUCUUGUGGGUUUCUGGAAAGGCUUGGCAGGGGGAGACUGCAGCAUAGACAUAAGCCCAGAUGUCGUUUUAACGGUUAUCACCACCUAUAAGGACACCUGGAACGGUGACAACGCGGCCACGAACCCGGCACAUGAGUACAACCAUAUUAGUGGACAAAAUGAUGACAACAGUACGAAUCGAGAAGUCUCGAAACGACUCAUGCAAACACUCAACCCAACACAAAUGAACAAGCGAUACUCGAUGGCAUCUGCUGAACUACCUCCUCUUGACACAGAAGACAAAGCGUUGUUCUUUCGACAUGCUGGUGGACCCGUAAGGCCCGACGAUAGCGCAGGCAUAUCCCCUCGAAAUUAUCAUCGAGCCACGCGGACGUGGGCUUGA